UAACGCUGUAGCUUGACGCAGCUGGCUAACAACUUCCGGGGUGAACUCGUACAUGUUGUGGUGACAGCAUCGAACAGUGGCCGCACAGCUGACUGUGUUUCUUUAUGUUCCUCAGUAACUUCCCUUCCAGACGAUAUAAACUGCCUCUCUUUCUGUGGGAACUCCAUUAAAAUGGUGUUUUACUUCACGAGUGCCGUGGUGAACCCUCCGUACACGAUCUACAUGGGGAAGGACAAAUAUGAGAAUGAGGAUUUGAUAAAGUACGGAUGGCCUGAAGACAUCUGGUUUCACGUGGACAAACUGUCUUCGGCUCACGUUUACCUGAGACUGCCAAAGGGUCAGACGAUACACGACAUCCCCCCGGAGGUUCUGAUCGACUGUGUGCAGCUGGUGAAAAACAACAGCAUCCAAGGCUGCAAGAUGAACAACAUCAACGUCGUUUACACGCCGUGGGCCAACCUGAAGAAAACCGGAGACAUGGACGUAGGACAGAUCGGCUUCUACCGACAGAAAGAGGUGAAGAUCGUGGCGGUGGAGAAGAAGGUCAACGAGAUCGUGAACCGGCUGGAGAAAACGAAAGUGGAACGCCUCCCCGACCUGGCGGCGGAGAAAGAGUCGAGAGACAGGGAGGAGAGGAACGAGAAGAAAGCGCUGCUCCAGGAUCAGAAGAAGAAAGAGAAGGAUGAGCAGAGGAGAAAAAAGGAGAUGGAGGAACUCCGGAACUACUCGUCACUGAUGAAGAGUGAGAACAUGCAGACUAAUGAGGACGGUAACGAUUCAGACGACUUCAUGUGAGCGAGGCGACCGACGGGCGGCGAGCAGAACCGGGAUCCUUCGUGCUCGCUGCCCGGCUGCAGCUCUGCACUGACAUUGAGGGGGAAACCAAUGGAUACCUUUUUUUUAUUUGUUUGUUUUAUUUUUGCUUUUGGGACACUUGGGAGCAGAAAGCGACGCCAGACAGCGACAGCGUCAGGACUUUAUAAUCCACGUGCUGAUUGGUUCGAGACUCUGCUCCCAAACCGAGCUGGCUGGCCUCGUCACCACGGGGACGCCGUAGAGCGGGACAACGGGAACGCCGAGGAGUCAUUCUGGAGGAAAAACACUCAAAUAAAACAGAACUGUGUUUGUUUGGGUUGAUGGUGUCGACGGAUGUUGGUGUACGAUUGCGUGUUUUAAUCACCCCGGAAGACCUUCUGCUCACGUUCUUCAUGUUGUCAUUUCUCUGCAUGUCCGAUUUUAUUGAUUCAAAGUAUUAAUUAAAGCUACUCAUGUUGACGA